AACCCUCCCCUGCAAUUGGGACUCAAUGCACUCUCCAAUCUGGGUGUCACUGCACCCGCAAGUGACUCUGGCAUUCUCAAGGCCAUUGAUGAUGAAGUAGCCUAUCUAUGCACUUCAAUACACGCUAUGAAUAAGCUGCGCAAUCAUUUCAUUUCUAUAAGCCGCCUCCCAUUAGAGAUUCUAGUGCAUAUCUUUUCUAUUCUAAUGGUCAUCAAUUCCCCAAGAAAAAAAUACCUAGGAUGGAUCAGGACCUUGCAUGCUUGCUGUUAUUGGAGACAAGCCACCAUUGAAAACUCAAAGCUUUGGGCAAACAUCCCUCUUGAUCUCAGUGAAAGGUAG